AUGGCGGAAGCAAUUUCUCCUAUGGAAAUUGAUGACGAGAACAACAAUCUAGAUUCUCUCAAAACCCAAAGCAAAGGCAAAAGCGUCGUCGUUUUGACCACUCCUCCCGACACGAAAGCCACUCCCUGGGUCGAAAAGUACCGCCCGCAAUCCCUGGACGACGUCGCUGCGCAUCGUGAUAUCGUCGAGACUAUUGAUAAACUUGCAAGCGGGAACAGGUUGCCCCAUUUGCUGCUCUAUGGACCACCUGGAACAGGAAAGACUUCCACAGUUCUGGCACUGGCUAGGAAGCUUUAUGGGGCCCAGAUGCACAACAUGGUUCUGGAACUGAAUGCUUCGGAUGAUCGUGGAAUUGAAGUGGUGAGGCAGCAAAUUCAGGACUUCGCAAGCACUCAGAGCAUAUCUUUUGGUGCAAAAUCUGCUGUAAAAUUGAUCCUACUGGAUGAGGCAGAUGCCAUGACUAAAGAUGCACAAUUUGCUCUUCGCCGAGUGAUUGAGAAAUACACAAAAAAUACUAGAUUUGCUUUGAUCUGUAACAAUGUUAACAAGGUUAUUCCGGCAUUGCAAUCAAGAUGUACACGUUUUCGAUUUGCUCCUCUUGAUGGGGUUCACGUCACUGAGCGGCUUAAACAUGUUAUUAGUGCUGAAGGGCUCGAUGUACCUGAAAAUGGUUUGAAGGCUGUUGUACGGCUUAGUAAUGGUGACAUGAGGAAGGCAUUGAAUAUUUUGCAAUCAACACACAUGGCUUCUCAGCAGAUCUCGGAAGAAGCUGUGUACUUGUGCACUGGAAAUCCUUUGCCUAAAGACAUUGAACAGAUUUCUUAUUGGCUUCUUAAUGAGCCCUUUGCCACUACCUCUAAACGAAUUUCAGAAAUCAAGACUAGGAAAGGAUUAGCAUUGGUGGACAUUGUAAGAGAAGUAACCAUGUUUGUUUUCAAGAUCAAGAUGCCCCCAGAAGUUCGGGUCCAGUUGAUUAAUGAGCUGGCUGAUAUCGAAUACAGGUUGACUUUUGCUUGCAAUGAUAAGUUGCAGCUCGGAUCAUUAACUGCUGCUUUUACACGAGCAAGAGCUUCACUGGUUGCUGCAGCAAAGUAA